UUUCCAAAAGAAAUUUUUGAUCACAUGUGUUUCUAACUUCGAGUUAAAGAUGCGUGAUCGAGCAGUAUUCAUUUUGAAACAAUCUAAAUCUUGAUAAAACUCUCUUACUUAAUGAUUACCACCAUCUGAAGUCGUUGUCUGUUUUCGAUCCUAAAGUCUCAUGAAGCUUGGCAAAUUACGCUGAGGUCAAUCAAUGUAAAAACUAUAAUUUUCUAUUUUAAAAAAAUUAAUCAAGUUGUGAACAGUCUACAUAUCAAAGAGUAAAACUCAUGCAAGUCCAAAUAAGAGGUGAAUAUUAUCGAUUUAUUCUGCGUCUAGAAUCACAAUGUUAUAUUUAUUCUUCACAUUCAUGUCUGCAAAUGCACGUGAAAUAGAAACGCCUUUCAUUCCGGAUUUUCUUACGGAUAAUCUAAAAAAGUUAGAGCGGUACAAGAUUAUGCCAGAACUGAUGUCCUGGCCACCACAUCUUCAUGCGCAGAUAACUUUCCAUGACGGGUCACUCGCAGACUACGGGAAUGUGGUCACGCAACAACAAAUGCUCAAAGCACCGAAUAUCUCGUGGGCAGCUGAAAUGGAAACCGAACACACGGUAGUAAUCAUGGACUUAGAUCACAAUGUUGAUAGAAGUCGCGGUGUGCCACCAAAUGUUUCUGAGAUUCAAUAUGCGUACUGGGUGUUAGGAAAUAUACCAGGUGCAUCACUAGAGAAAGGUCUUGAAAUUGUGCCGUACGAAGCUCCGAGAAUAACCGACGCUGGGAAUGGAGAGAUGCACAGGAUCUGUUUUUUGGUUUACUAUCAAUUACACGGCACCAGGGAAUUCUACAAGCCUGACACAGUUGAUAAAAUUUGGAACUAUCGAAUGUGGUUUAACCACAACGCAUUGUCAGAGAAGUACUUGCUAACAGGCCCCCUAGCCUUGAAUUUUGUCCUGGCUCCCAUGAAAAAUAUCGAAAUCACUACUAGAAGCUACUAGAGACCGAGAUUCCAUCCAUUUGCUGGAAGUUUGUCAAACUUUUUUGUCACUUCAAAUUCAGAGAUAAAUAUAUAAUUUUGGUUCUCAGUUA